UGCCUUAUUUACCGCAUACGGCCCUUCCUUAUCCCCUGUGCGUGCAAGGGCUGCAUGUGGGUUGUGUUAUCUUUAAGUAGGAGGCACAGGAAGGAUCAGAUGAGGGGAGAACAAGCAAUAAUAAGAACUGAGCAGAAGUAGCAGCAGCAGACAUGGCCAAACGUGGUGCUGUCAAAGAGCUGACCCACGAAAACUGGGAGGAUGAGGAUGAGCCAGAGGACAUGGGGACCUUCCGCCAGGCCACCUCGGAUCAGCUGGCUGGGCGACAGAUCAAGAAGGCUCGGAGGAGAGGCAUGACAUCGGACAACUCCUCAGGGAUUGGAAUAUUCAAAGGCCUGACAUCCUUCUCCAGCUUUGGUGCAAAUAAGGAUGCCCCUAGUCAGCCUUCCUUCAGCUUUCUCAGCAAGGAUUCUGCUCCCAAGCCCACAUUUGAUAUCCUCAGCACCUCCAAAUCAAACACAACUACGUCCUUUACCACUAAAUCUGAAGUUAGUUCCCCUGAGAAAAAACCCGCACUGCCAACAUUUAAGUUCACUAAAGAUCCUCCAACCAGUGCACCAGAACCCAAGACGAAUGGCAUUGGACCCCCCAAGACAAACUCUGACUCUGCAGGAAGGAAAGGAAACAAGGUGUUCCUGAGCCACCUGAAGGCACUCAAUGAAGGUGUGGUCAAGUGGGUGAAGCAGCACCUGGACACAAACCCCCAUGUCAACCUUUCACCGGUGUUUGACGACUACAAGAAGCACUUCGAGGAGCUGACAAAGAAGUACCCAUCUUCAGGAGAGAGCGAGAGUGAUGACAUCGCGGUGGAGAUGGAAGAGCCGAGUAAGGACGAGGUUAAUGAGAAGGAGAACCAGCCUGUAGCCGCUAAGAUGCCCUUCUCAUUCACUUCCACUGUAUCGUCGUCCUCUGAGAAGUCUGUGUUUGGCGGCAGUUCAGCAUCAACAGACAAAAAGACUGGGUUAGGUUCCCCUGUCAAGCCUAUGUUUUCCUUUGGAGCAUUUGAGAAAAAGGCUCCAGAGAAGUCACUCUUUGGUGGCAGUACAGGAACCAGCAGCAUAUUUGGUAGCUUUACUUCCUCCUCCACCACUACCACCACCACCACCACAGGAAGCACCACCAAGGAAAACGCAGAAGCAGAUCCAAAUGAACCAUCUGAUGAACCCCCCAAAGUAGAGGUGAAUGAGGUGAAGGAGGACGAUGCUAUAUAUGAAAAGAAGUGCAAGCUGUUCUACAUGAAGGACGGGGGUUAUGUGGAGAAGGGUGUUGGCACACUGUUCCUCAAGCCGGCCGGGGAGAAGACUCAGCUGCUGAUCAGGGCGCUCACCAACCUGGGAAACAUCUUACUCAACAUCAUCCUCAACCCCACCAUCCCCACUGCCAGGGCAGGGAAGAACGGAGUCAUCAUUGCCUGCAUCCCCAACCCUCCCCUCUCCAGCUCCAGUGCGGCAUCCAAUGAUCCUGUCAAGAUGCUGAUACGCGUCAAGACUGCAGAGGAUGCUGACGCCCUUAAUGAGAAGAUCACCGAGCUCAAGAAAUAGACCUAAGAGUACACUUAGGAAGGCAUUUAUUACCAGAACUUGGGCUUGAAUGUUAUGCCAGACCUGUCCUGAUGCUACGAUCCUCAGUGCAUGGUAAUGAAAAUGUGGAGAAUGUUAGGUUGACCUGUUUGGUUACUGUGUUUCUUGAGGAGUGAUUAUCGUGCUGUGAGAUAUGCUGGUGCCCAGACUGGAAGGCUCAGCAAGCUCAAGGGAAUGUAAGGCUGCAGGAGCAAGCCAAGCCAAGCUGCUCAUCCUAUUUUGAUACUGAAAACCCUCAUUUGUUUGCCGACCAGCAUGGAUCCAUUGAACUGUGAAUGUCAAAUGUGAAUGAUGCAAAUGUGCGAGGUGUUCCAUCUGAAAAUGUGUGAUUUAUUUGUAGAGUAAUUAUCGUGUUGGUAUAUAUUCAUUGAAAAGACUGGCAGGUACUCAAAUUUAUGUCUUGGGUUCACACUGCCAAGCCCCAGGUGUGCAUGAAGGAGACUGAUUGGAGAAAGAUUUCUUUCAUUGAGAAAUUAUAUUCUUUUGUUUGUGAACACAGUACUUGCAUCUGUAUCUUAUAUCUUGUUAACUUGUACCCACUUUGUUCAUAGAUCCCUUUCAUUGAUUUUUUUUUUUUUUUUUUUUUUUGAACACUACUUGCAUCUUUAUGCUAUGUCUUGUUAACUUUGUUAACUUAUACCCAUUUCUUCCCCUAUGCUUAAUGUGUUUUCACCUUUUCCUGGUCACAUCAGUCUUCCAUGCAGUUUACUUUUUUGUGCUGUGCUUUUGCCUUAUAACCUGCAGUUUUAUUCCCUUCUAUCAGUGAUCUUUCACCAUUCUUCAUUCAUAUUUUAUUCACUUCUCAUCUUUCAUAUUUUUUAUCUUUUAAAGUGUUCAGUCUCAUAAUUUACACCUCCCAGUGUGAUAUGUACAUGCAUUCAUUUCAGCUUUGUGGAACGCUCAGUAUGUCUUUAUUAUUAGAACCUUGCAUUUGUUAUCAACUUUUAGAGGAUGUAGGUCAUGCAUAUUUGGAUACCAGAGUAGCUGAUGAUGACACUUAAUAACGUGUGUGCUCCAAGCUAUUGCCUCAGUGAAUUUAUCAAUACAUACUGCCAGAAGAUUGUAAAUUCUUGCAAGCUUCGUAUGUUGAGGUGCUGUGGUAUCUGUUAAAGGAGAUUAUAUAGUGUACAGACUUGGUAGAGUAUUCUUGAUCCCAUAUGUGUGGCAUUUUUAGUGUAAAUGUAACAAUGUGAUAUGGUUGACUACCUGUGGUGGAAGGGACGCCACAAGCUGGUACAGUACAUUUCCCCUGCUUGAUCAAAGUGUAUGUGUUUAGAUAAAGUUGGUGACAUUG